GCGAUGGCGGAGCUGCGAGCGGCGGCGGCGGCCGCGGGGCCCGGCCCGGCGGCUCUGCCCGGGCCCAUGGCGCUGCCCGCGGCUCCCGGCGCGGCCCCGGCGCUGCCCUCCCCGGCAGCGAGCGGCGGAGCGGGGCCGGCACCGGCGGCGGCACCGGGGGGCGGCUCCGGUGCUGGCUCCGGUGGUGGCUCCGGGACGGGCGGCUCCGGUUCCGGUUCCGGUUCGGCCCGCGAGGGGUGGCUCUUCAAGUGGACCAACUACAUCAAGGGCUACCAGCGCCGAUGGUUCGUGCUCAGCAACGGGCUCCUCAGCUACUACCGCUCCAAGGCGGAGAUGCGGCACACGUGCCGCGGCACCAUCAACCUGGCCACGGCCAACAUCACCGUGGAGGACUCGUGCAACUUCAUCAUCUCCAACGGCGGCGCUCAGACCUAUCACCUCAAAGCCAGCUCCGAGGUGGAGCGGCAGCGCUGGGUCACUGCCCUCGAGCUGGCCAAGGCCAAAGCCGUCAAGAUGCUGGAGGAGUCAGAUGACUCCGGGGACGAGGCGGUGCCGCAGACGGACAAGACGGAGCUGCAGAGCACGCUGCGCACGCUGGCCAGCAAGGUGGAGGACCUGAGCACCUGCAACGACCUCAUCGCCAAGCACGGCACGGCCCUGCAGCGCUCGCUCAGCGAGCUCGAGAGCCUGCGCCUGCCCGCCGACAGCACCGAGAAGAUCAAGCAAGUGAACGAACGCGCCACGCUCUUCCGCAUCACCUCCAACGCCAUGAUCAACGCCUGCCGGGAUUUCCUGCUGCUGGCCCAGACCCACAGCAAGAAGUGGCAGAAAUCCCUGCAGCACGAGCGGGACCAGCGCAUCCGCCUGGAGGAGACCCUGGAGCAGUUGGCCAAGCAGCACAACCACCUGGAGAGGGCUUUCCGGGGGGCCACCGUGCUCCCUGCCGGCGCCUCCGGCACCAGCGGCGCUGCCAAAGACCCCUGCUGCCCUGCCAAAGGAGACCUGAGCGAUGAAGACGAUGACAACGAGUUCUUCGAUGCCCCGGAGAUCAUCCCCAUGCCAGAGAGCAUGGGCCACAAGAGGACCGGCAGCAACAUCAGUGGCACCAGCAGCGACAUCAGCCUGGAUGAGCAGUACAAGCCCCAAGUGGAAGACACCAAGAAGGAGAAGAGAACCCGCAUCCCUUACAAACCCAACUACAGCCUCAACCUCUGGAGCAUCAUGAAGAACUGCAUCGGGAAGGAGUUAUCCAAGAUCCCCAUGCCUGUGAACUUCAACGAGCCCCUGUCCAUGCUGCAGCGCUUGACCGAGGACCUGGAGUACCACGAGCUGCUGGACCGGGCGGCCCGGUGCGAGAGCUCCUUGGAGCAGCUCUGCUACGUGGCCGCCUUCACCGUCUCCUCCUAUUCCACCACCGUCUUCCGCACCAGCAAACCCUUCAACCCGCUCCUGGGCGAGACCUUCGAGCUGGACCGCUUGGAGGAGAGCGGCUACCGCUCCCUCUGCGAGCAGGUGAGCCAUCACCCCCCGGCCGCUGCCCAUCACGCUGACUCCAAGCACGGGUGGACGCUGCGCCAGGAGAUCAAGAUCACCAGCAAGUUCCGAGGCAAAUACCUCUCGGUGAUGCCUUUGGGCACCAUCCACUGCGUCUUCCACUCCACUGGCAACCACUACACGUGGAAGAAGGUGACCACCACCGUGCACAACAUCAUCGUGGGCAAGCUCUGGAUCGACCAGUCAGGUGAAAUCGAGAUCGUCAACCACAAGACGGGGGACAAAUGCAACCUCAAGUUCGUUCCCUACAGCUACUUCUCGCGGGACGUGGCGAGGAAGGUCACCGGGGAGGUGACGGACCCCGCCGGGAAGGUGCAUUUCGUCCUGCUGGGCACUUGGGAUGAGAAGAUGGAUUGCUACCGGGUGAGCCUGGGCCCUGGCGACAACGGCGCCGAGGGAAGGCAGAGAGCCCACGAGGCCGAGGAGAGCCGGGUGCUGCUGUGGAAGAGGAACCCGCUGCCGAAGUACGCCGAGAACAUGUACUACUUCUCGGAGCUGGCGCUGACCCUGAACGCGCCGGAGAGCGGCACGGCGCCCACCGACAGCCGCCGGCGCCCGGACCAGCGCCUCAUGGAGAACGGGCGCUGGGAUGAGGCCAACGCCGAGAAGCAGAGGCUGGAGGAGAAGCAGCGCCUGAGCCGCAAGAGACGCGAGGCCGAAGCUGCCAGAGCCACCGAGGAUGGAACCCCCUACGACCCCUACAAGCCGCUGUGGUUCGAGCGCAGGAAGGACCCGGUCACGCAGGAGCUGGCGCACGUCUACAAGGGCGGGUACUGGGAGAGCAAAGAGAAGCAGGACUGGAGCCUCUGCCCGGACAUUUUCUGAGCCAGGAGGAAGAGGAGGAGGAG